UUUGUCGUCACUGUGCUCUGACGACCAAUUGAUUCAUUUAUUUAGAAUUUUGCGAGAAAUUUAAUUGUUUUGCAUUAAUUUUGUGAUAAAUAAAAGUUUUUCAUUUUUGUUUUUAAAAAACAACUAACAAUACAAUAUGGCUGAUUCUGAAAAUGAUAAGAUUGAAGCAAGUAAUGAAGUGACUACCAACAAAACUGAGGAAAAUAAUAGUGCAGAUGAAACCCCACAAGCAACAUCGGAUGUAGUGGCUAAUUGUGAGAAAGCAUCUUAUAAGCCUAAUGUAAUACCGGGUGAAAAGUUAGCCUCCAUUGAGGAUGUAGUAAAUAGUGAUCCUGAGUGCUAUGAAUUGGAUUUAAACCAUCAUCGUAUUGAUAAAUUGGAAAAUCUAGAACCUUUAACCCAGCUAGAGCGCCUCUUGCUGCGUUGGAAUUUAAUUAAGAAAAUUGAUAAUCUAGAAAAAUUGACCAAACUGGUGGAAAUAGAAUUCUAUGACAAUCAAAUAACAAAAUUGGAAAAUUUGGAUGCUUUAGUUAAUUUAGAAAUACUCGAUGUCAGCUUUAAUCGUUUGACUAAAAUUGAAAAUUUGGAAAAUCUGAAGAAAUUGGAAAAAUUAUUUUUGGUUGGCAACAAGAUAACUCAUAUAGAAAAUAUCGGUAUGCUAACUAAUCUUACUAUGCUGGAAUUGGGUGAUAAUAAAAUUAAAACUAUUGAGAAUCUGGAUACCUUGGUGAAUUUGCGUCAAUUAUUUUUGGGUAAAAAUAAAAUAUCCAAAAUAGAAAAUCUUGAUAAAUUGGUGAAUUUGGAAAUUUUAAGUUUGCAGGCUAAUCGUAUAGUUAAGAUUGAAAAUCUGGAUAAGUUAACUAAUUUAACAGAGCUAUAUCUAUCAGAGAAUGGCAUAGAAAUAAUAGAAAAUUUGAGUAAUAAUAAACAAUUGGAUACUUUGGAUUUGGCUAAGAAUCGUUUAAAAAGUAUAGACAAUAUUGAGGAACUGGCACAGUUGGAAGAGCUGUGGUUGAAUGAUAAUAAUAUUGAAAAUUGGAAAACUAUUGAAAACAUUAAGCAUAAUAAGUCUUUGAAAACUAUUUACUUGGAAUAUUGUCCGGUAUCCAAGGAUCCCAUGUAUCGUCGUAAAUUGAAAGAUAUAGCUCCUUGGUUGGAAAAAAUUGAUGCUACUCUUUGCCGAUAAAUAAAAUGUUUGUAAUAAACAGUUUUUUUU